UAGUAAAACAGCAGGUGGAUGGGAAAGUAAACCAUGGGUAAUCUAAUCAUUAAUCACACGAAUUGCCCCCCACUUGUAUUAUUACUAAACCCGUGGUUAGCAGAUGCUGAAACAAGCAUCCUCACGCGAUCCGCUUCAUUAGAGUUAUCUCAACAUACACUUUCCAUGUGCAGAGGCAUAUAUCCGAUCUCAAUCAUACAUUGAACAUUGCGCCAACAACAGAAACAGACCACGGGAGGGGCGAAAUGGUAGGCGCCCACUGCAAUUGUUGGGUCUCUGUCCCUUCCUCGCUCUUUGCUUCUCUCCCCAUCUUCUUAUAACUAACCUUAACACCUCCCCAUCUCUUGUGUAUCCCUUACUCGCAAGCCAUAGCUUUGGAUUCAUACGCAUACAUGCAUACGUAUAUCUGAUCUCAGUUCAUAUAAACAAACAACUCAUCAAUCCAGUUCAGUCGCCUUUCUUCUCUUUCGUUCGUCCUCUCUUUUGGGCCCUGACAUAAUCCCCGCUCUGAUAUCAUGUCUCUGACUUCUGCAAAACCCCCUGUUCAAUUCUUUAAGCCUGUGAAUGUGAGCACAACGAGUGGAAAAUCACAUCCAAAUGUCUUCAAAGUGACGGCUGCUGCUCCUUGUGUCGAUCCGGCUUCUUCGGCUGGGAUGGCACGGAAGAACACGGGGACCACGCUAUAUGAGGUCCUGAACGUCAUGAGCACAGCCUCCCAGUCGGAGAUUAAGGCCGCCUAUCGUAGGCUUGCAAAGCUUUACCACCCUGAUUCUGCCUCUUUGGAAUCUGAUGGGGGUCGGGACUUCAUCGUAAUCCAUGAAGCCUACGCUACAUUAUCUGACCCUGCUUCCAGGGCUCGGUACGAUCUGUCAAUUGUUGCGGCAGGAGCAACUCAUUUCGGGUACUCAGCAUCAGGAGCAGCAACCUCAGAGCUCCGGUUCAGCAGGAGAUGGGAAACAGAUCAGUGCUGGUAGUGAAGAGAUGUGCCUGAAUAACCAGAGAGGUCAUUCAGUCCCUGGUACGCUGCGUACAAAAGGAUGGUAAGGACACUUACCAACAUGCAAACCCGCAUGAGAGCAUGGAGUCGCAUUUCCUUUCUAUUCCCUCACGUGCCAUAUGGAUCUUUCGGACUUGUUCAGUGAACCAUCCAUUCCCAA